AAUGCCGAAAUGAAAGCUGCGUCUGUAAGCUCGCUCCGUGCAGCGCGGUGCGGGAUGAGCUCGGGGCCCUGAGCGGAUGUCGGAGGCGGUGUCUCGGUACGGCCACUUAGAGAAGAUGACAGAUUUGGUGGCUGUUUGGGAAGUAGCUUUAAGUGAUGGUAUUCAUAAAAUUGAAUUUGAGCAUGGGACCACUUCAGGAAAACGUGUCGUCUAUGUUGACGGAAAGGAAGAAAUACGAAAAGAAUGGAUGUUUAAAUUGGUGGGUAAAGAAACAUUCACUGUUGGAGCAUCCAAAACAAGAGCUACAAUUAACAUUGAUGCAGUCAGUGGCUUUGCAUAUGAGUAUACUUUGGAGAUCAAUGGAAAAAGCCUCAAGAAAUAUAUGGAGAACAGGUCAAAAACAACCAAUACUUGGGUACUGAGCUUGGGUGGUACAGACUAUAGAGUUGUUUUGGAAAAGGACACUAUGGACGUGUGGUGCAACGGUAAAAAAAUGGAGACAGCGGGUGAAUUCGUAGAAGAUGGGACAGAAACUCACUUCAGUGUUGGUGAUCACAGCUGUUACAUUAAGGCUGUCAGUAGUGGAAAACGAAAGGAAGGAAUUAUUCACACUCUUAUUGUGGAUGACAGAGAGAUCCCAGAGGCUGUGGAGUAGCUUCUAGUUAACUGAUUGUUUUAGGACUCAGAUCAGGUACUUUUAAUUACUGUGGUAAUUAUUUAAAUAAGAGGCAUUUGGAUAAUGCCCUCAAUAACACACCUCAGCUUUCAGUUAGCCAUGCAAUGGUCAGGCACUUGGACAUACAGAUCAUUGUAGGUUCCUUCCAGCUGAACUAUUCUACUGCAUGUAGAACACAUGGUACAUCCAGUUUGUGCUGGGUUCAUUUCCUAGCUUCUGUACAUGAAACUCAUCUUUUUGAGGACCAGAUAAACAUAACUAUGUACAACACUUUGCAUUACCAGUUUUUAAAAAGCUACAUAGGGAAAUAAGUAUUAUAUCACUAAGUAGAGAGGGCAGGUGAACUUAAGUAGAAAUUGUAUGCUAGAAAAAAAACCCACAAUAUUCAAUAAUACUGAAUACUUUAUAUGGAGGGAGAACACAUACUGAGCCCUGGAGAAAGCUGUUAAAAUUCUCCCUAUUUUUUCUUUUAUGUACUUCCAAUGUUCUUCAAAUGCAGUCAGGAAAACAGUUACAUAAAUUAAUAAAAAAGGUUAUUAAAGAAAUAUAUUUUUACCAGUCCUUGUGUAACUGUAUUAAAAUUUUACUUAGCUAUGAAAACUGUUGUUUAUUCACAGUAGGAAGAAAGGUGAUAUGCUGUGCCAAAAAUAUCCCAAAGGUAUUUUGUAAAAUGAUGUUUGUUCUGAAGUUCUGUACCCUCCCAUCCAACCAAACAAGAAGUUUUCUGCCAUGGUCCUCCUUUAAAAAAUGAAACCUCUUGAGGCAAGCUGAAAUAAGAACCUCUUCAAUGUAGCCUAGCCUUUAAUCUACAGUUGUCUGUAGGUAAUUGUGUGUGGCAAUUCUGGCAGUCGUGCGUGAAUAAGGAAACAAGGAAAUGCAGGUCAGAACUGGAGAAGAAGAACUGACUGCUUUAAUGGGAAAGUUCAGACAGGAACAGAAUAUUCUCAAAUUCCAGCUGCCUCAGGUGGUUCUUAGAAGCUAUGUGUGGGGGAGGCACGAGGCACACUGCCACUUAACAUUGCCUUAGGCUCACCUUACAAAAGAGACCUGUUUUGUGACAGUGCAGACAUAAAUCACUUUUAAAAAAUAAUGGUUUUAUUUAAGAGUAUCAUUUUGCAGCGGUCCAAAAAACUUUUUCCA